AUGUCUCAAGCAAGCUAUACAGACACAUCAUGUGAAGAAAUGUCAACAAGUGAUACACCAAUUGCAUCUCAAGCAAGUUAUUCAUCAAGUGAAAAUUCAAUCCGAGCAUGUUAUUCAUCAAGUGAAAGUUCAACCCGAGCAA